CGUCAGCGGAAGUGAAUCGUUUGUCGGUCAGUUGCUAAGCUGCGCCGUAGCAGCAGAGAAACCAGACUGUCAACAGGUCGUCAUCGGCCGCUGAGACAGAUUAGCUGCCGGCGUGUUAGCGUGUAAACUUUAACCUCCAGCCCGCUCGGAGGAUGAACUGCGGCGGGCAGACGAAGCUGGAGCUCCGUCACGUCAAACAGUGAACCUGCACGUUGUGACCUCACGACGCUGUGUGUCGUGCCGCUGCAGGUGGAGGACGCUCAGAGCUGGCAGUGAGUGAGAAGCUGACGUUUGUCUUCACUCAUCCCGACUGAACUGCAUGGUUUAACCUCAGCGAGUGGCCCAGCAGCUCAGACAAAGCAGCCAGUCUCCCAGUGUGACCAGAAUGGCUGCCGCCAGCACCACCAAGAUCUCAUGGCGACUACAGGAGUUCGAGGCUCACACCGGCAACGUUUCCUGUUUGGCUCUGGGGAAAAGCUCUGGCCGCCUGCUGGCCACCGGCGGCGAGGACUGCAGGGUCAACCUGUGGGCCGUCAGCAAGGCCAACUGCAUCAUGAGUUUGACUGGUCACAAGAACCCAGUGGAGUGUGUCCAGUUCAACAUGUCGGAGGAUCAAAUCGUCACUGGUUCACAGUCUGGAUCAAUACGAGUCUGGGACAUGGAGGCUGCCAAGAUUUUAAGGACUCUGAUGGGACACAAGGCCAACAUCACCAGUCUGGGCUUCCAUCCGUUUGGAGACUUCCUGGCCUCCAGCUCCAUGGACACAAACAUUAAGCUGUGGGACGUGCGGAGGAAAGGAUACGUGUUCAGGUACACGGGUCACACUCAGGCAGUGAGGAGCGUCGCCUUCAGUCCCGACGGGAAGUGGUUGGCUUCAGCCAGUGACGACUGCACCGUCAAGCUUUGGGACCUGAUUCAGGGGAAGACCAUCACAGAGUUCAGAGCUCACACUGCAGCCGUCAACAUCGUCCAGUUUCACCCCAACGAGUACCUGCUGGCAUCAGGCAGCUCCGACAGGACCAUCAAGCUGUGGGAUCUGGAGAAGUUCACGAUGGUCGGCUCUAUGGAGGGAAACACGACUCCAGUCAGGUGCCUCUGUUUCAGCCCGGACGGCGGCUGUCUGUACAGCGGGGCCACGGACUCCCUGCGGGUCUUUGGCUGGGAGCCCGACCGCUGCUUCGACGUGGUGCCGGUGGGCUGGGGGAAAGUCUCGGACCUGGCAAUCUGCAACCAGCAGCUGAUCGGGGUGUGUCACCAGCUGUCCGCCGUGUCGUCCUACGUGGUGGAUCUGAAGAGGGUGAAGAAGAGCAGCAGCUCUGUGAUCCAGGGGGUCAUCCAGGACAGCCAACCGCUCACAGAGACAAAGGACCCGAAAGGAGCUGCGCUGCGCAGGAACUAUGAGAGACCCGCAACCAGCUGCAACUCGCAGAGGGUGAAGCAGAGGUCAGAUGCUGAUAGGCGGAGCCCCGAGGGUGAGAGGCGGAGCCCCAGUGAGGACGAGGCGGACGAGAAGGUGUCCUCAGCUGAAAUCCACAACGCGGAGGACUACAAGGAGAUCUUCCAGCCCAAGAACGCCAUCUCUCGCACUCCUCCCAGGACGGCAGAGCCGUUUCCUGCUCCUCCAGAGGACGAGACUGUGUUAGCUAUCAGCCGUCAGCUGAAGGACAUGAUUUCUCCUUUUCCUGACAAGCAGCAGGCUCCGCUGGCCUCCUCCACACCUGUCCAGAGGGUGGAGCCUACAGUCGUCUCCGCUGCAAAGCGCCCGGCCGCCUCCAACCCUCCUUCCGCCGGCCUGCCUCCUCCUCAGCCUGCCGUCACAGCAGCCAAGUCCAAACCGCACCCGAAAAUCAUCCUCAGCUCCAGGAACGAGCCGAUCGGACUGAACGUGGCCGACUUCCUUCCUUCGUCACCCAACAACAGGAGCGGCGCUCUUAGCGACGACGAGGCUCUGUCUCAGAUCAAGAAGGGUCACGACACCAUGUGUGUGAUGCUGAGCAGCCGACACAAGAACCUUCAGACGGUCCGAGCCGUGUGGGCCCGAGAGGACAUCAAGAGCGCGCUGGACGCUGCCGUCUCCAUGAACGACCUGUCCAUCGUUGUGGACAUCCUGAACAUCAUCAACCUUCAGCCGUCGCUAUGGAAACUGGAUUUGUGCACGACGAUCCUUCCUCAGAUCGAUAAACUGCUGCAGAGUAAAUAUGAGAGCUACAUGCAGACCGGCUGUACGUCUCUGAAGCUCAUCAUGAAGCAUUUCUGGAUGCUGAUCUCAGACACGCUGAAGGCCACGCCGUCUGUCGGAGUGGACAUCACACGAGAGGAGCGACACCAGAAGUGCAGAACAUGCUGCAAGCAGCUGAAGAACCUGAGCAACGUGGUGAAGAACAAGGCGGCGCAGGUCGGUCGUCACGGCAGCGCCUUCAAAGAGCUGCAGCUGCUCAUGGCGCCGCUCGACGACGCUCUCUGAGCCCAAACACGCCGAUGCAACAAGAUCAGCGCUACACCAAUCAGCUGAUCUGCAGCAGGACGGUGGCCUAAACUCUCGCGAGGCAGCGGUCGUGCUGCACGUGCUCAGAACAGCGUUUGUGAAUCUGAAUCCUCCUGAACGCAGCCCUGCUGUCAGUGAAUCAGCAUCUCCAAGUUCAGCAAACACAAGGAGCACGAGGAGCAGUAAGAGCUCAGCAGGCUGCAGCUGUAAUGCUGUCCACUUCGUCCCCUCCCCGAGACAAAAACGGACAAUCGUGAGGAGUUUCGUCCGCCACAGCAGACCGCCGUCGUCUCAUCCGUUGUGCAAAGAAACUGAUUUAAACCGACGCCCACCUUAAAGGUCCAGUGUGUAGGAUUCAGUGACAUCUAGUGGUGAGUUGAACACCUCUCAUCUCACCUGCUCUACAGCAGCCUGUGAAAGUCCCUCUGUACAGCCAGCUUUUGGUUUGACCCUCCUGAGCUUCUGUAGACACAUGGUGGGCCACCACAUAAGCUGCUUCCUCUGCAGACAUAAAAGGCUCAUUGUAAGGUAACAAAAACACGACUCUAAGUUCAGAAGACCUCAUUCUGAAUGUUGAAUCCUACACACUGGACCUGUAAAGGAACAGUCUGGCAUUUUGUCAUGCCUGAUAAAUGUACAGUAAGCAGCCAAUUAGCUCAGUUAGCAUAAAGACUGGCAACAGGUAGCUACGAACAUCCUCCUGUCAGCACUUCAGAAGUGCACUAAUGAACUGACACGUCUGUGAUUAAUGCAGCUGAAAAAAAGAGUUUGACUUGUUUUCACAUUUUGUUGAGAGAAAACAUGUUAAUCAGCCUGUUUCCCUCGGUUUCCAGCCUUUCCGCAAAGCUAAGCUAACCAGCUGCUGACUGUGGCUUCAUAUUGAACAGACAGAUGUUAGUCUAAGGUGUUGAGUUCACCUGAGGGGAUAAAAUGCAGAAACACUUGUGACUGAUUUAGUCCACCAAACAAUCAUAAUCAGGUGUUUUCAGUCUUUUUCUACUUUCACACUGAUAGACUCUAUUUUAAAUGGACUUUUCUCUUUAUUUAAAUAAAGUUCUUCAUGUUGGGA